AGAAGUUCCGCGUGUGUUCCCAAGAGCCUAUGCAAUAAAGACGAAAGCCUUUGUAAUCUACUUCUCGACUCCUAAAGCCUGUUAAUUCUUACACCACUAAGAACCACUUUUGAGCCUCCAACAAUUGAUGACGCCGACGUGAUUCGCUACAUCUACAUUUGGAUAAGGUAGGCAAUGAAAAAAAACCUGUGAAACCUUAUGAAUGCCUAGAUACGAAUCUUGAACUAGAGAAAGUGAAAAGGCUUUGGAGGAGAGGAGUGGUUACAAAUGCUUUUAAUUGCUAGGAUGUGUGUUUCCCUGAAUGUAAGGAAGAUUGAAUGUUAAAUGUUUCUUGCUAAAAGCUUUUCUACUGUCGUACCCUGUAAACUCGGGCAAGGAUUUAUCCGGCGAUCUCCAUUAUAACUCGAUGUUUAGACGCUGAUCCGGGCAUUUGGACCCCUGUUGUGUGAAAACUCCUAAAGGAGGAGUAGAAUUAGGAAACUGUUGUCAUGAAUAAAAAUAAAAAGGAAAAACAAUCUGCCUGUUCCAUCCCAAACGCAUCAUGAGUGUGCCAAAAAGACCGGUAGAGGGAAGAGCCAGAGCUAUCCUGUCGCCUGACCAGACCGUGCCAGCUGUGCCUCUGCGCGUGACCGCCCAGGAGGUGCUCAGCCUCCAAUUCCCUCUUCUCCGAGAAUGCCUCUUCGAGAUGAACAGGAAAUGGGCCAAGCGCACUGCCAAGAUGACACCGGCAUGGCCAGAGCACGGGACUUUCGAUCUAAGCCUCUGCAACGACAUGAGGGUCCUGAUCACCAACCACAGCCAUUCUGGUUCGGUCAAGAAAAAACUCAGGAAACGCAAAGAGGAAGCUGGAGUUCUGAAGCUGUACAAAGACCAAGGACAGAACUAUUGUGACACAGUUAAGGCUUGCCUGCUAGCAGCCAAAACUGAUCACGGGACUCUAGAUAGAGCCUCCCCUCCCCCAUACGAUAAAGAGAAGAGCAGCUCUGCCCCACCCAGUAAGACCUUGUUUGCGGGUGAGGCAGAGAACCCAAGGUCUUCAUCCAUCUUCAUGGCCCGGUCCACGACUCCAGACCCUCCCCUUGCCCAGAGCCCCGUCCAACCCCUCCCAGUCCACGACAGAAGGCCUCCUUCAUACUAUCAAGCACCCAUCCUGGUCAGAGGAACUCCGAUGUAUUAUGUGCCCUGGACAACAUGACUGGUUUAAUUGCUCGGCUCCCCAAUCCAUAUGAGGGAGCGAGUAGGUGGAUUAAGGCGUUCGAGCAAGAGACACUGGGCCACAAUAUAGCUAUCGGAGACAUCAAAAUGAUCCUAGGGCGCACCCUAGGAGCUGGAGGCUUGAGUGACGUCAUGCAUUCACAGCAUCUGGCCGACAUCCUAGAUUCACAUGCAGGAGACUGAGAUCUCUUUAAUGCAAUCCGCACAGAUGUCUGGGAAAGUCUGAGAACCCUCUUUCCGGAUUGGGUGAGGCUGGACAUGCUCACUGGGGAGACAAUUGAGUUAUCUGAGCCUACAAUGGCGUUCAUCCACAAAACCUUGGGAAAAUGGAGAGCUGAACUGGGAAAAAAUCCAGAAGACGAGGUCCUGCAACAAGCCAUGUUUCAACAAGGGGUCGUCCGAGGCCUGACAGAGACUGUUCAGGGGCGGUUGGCAGAUGUAGUGUGUCUCUAUUCCAUGCCUUUUUCCCAGUUUUGCGAGCACAUCACCCAUGCCGUGUUCAGAGAAAGGAACAAUGAAAACAAAAGGCUGCAGAGUGACCGAGAGGAUGCGCGGAAGCUGAACAAACUCCAACUCAGGUCCGGCCUACAAGCAGUACUCGGCGCUCCCCCUGCUGCCUACUGUCAAAAUAGACAGUGGGGGAGCGAGCCAGAAGGGCUGGCGCUGGGCCUAGUUUCCCAGUAGCCGUUGCCCUUCGAGAGAUGACGUAAGAAGCAGGAGUCACCUCUCUACAGGCCAAACUGAAAUGGACUGAGGGGGGGGAGAAAGCAUUCAAGGAUAUCAAACUGAGUCUACAACAGGCACCAGCUCUGGCCCUCCCGAACUACGAGAAACCCAUCUUCCUGUAUGUAUCCAACCGCACACACCACGCCACUGCAAUGUUGACACAGUCCUCUAGCGGAGGGCGGAAGCAACCCCUUGCGUACUAUUCAUGUGAACUAACACCAGUUGAGGCAGCCUUGCCGCCAUGGUAUCAAGGUUUAAGCCGUAAUACACCACAUGUAUGAGAGGGCAUCAACACUCACCAUGGGCUAUCCAAUCACAAUUUACACACACCACAAAAUUGCGAAUCUUGUUGAACAGGGUAAAUUUCGGUUGACGAAGGCACGGGUUUAGGAGAUUUAAAGAAGAGGUAAAAAUAUUAUAAAUAUGUGAAGGAAUAUGAAGAAUUUGGGUUGUCACUGACUAACAUAAUUUUUCUAUCCC